AACAAACACAUGUGAAAGAGCUCAGUUUGUCCAUGAUGGUUCUCCUCUAGAACCCAAACAAGCUGGAGAUAGAACUACACACUGAUCCUCCUGUACAAGUACUGUUCCUCUGCUGGGAGCCUCUGGAGCCGGGCUGCCCUUCGUCAUCGGCGUCUCUUUUCAUUUCUGUGGAAAUUUCACUCUCCCAACAUUAAAAACUGAGCCUGGUGCAGUUUUGACGGAGGGGCGACGCGCUGAUCCUGACAGUUUGCUGUGAGGGUUCAUCUUUCCCAGGUGGGACGAGGACGUUUGGUUCCUGGAGGUCAUCAGGAUGUCCUGCCCCUGCUGCUGUGUGUCUCCGGCUGGCGGCGUGCUGGAGGAAAUCAGGUCGCGGAAGCGGCGGGGCAGCGAGCCGGCGGCCGGAGGAGACGCGGCUCAGCUGGUGCGGGAGGCGGAGGAGGAGCAGGCGGAGGCCGCAGGAGGAGAGCCGGGAGCCGGCAGGAAGAUGGACAUUUCCCUGCUGCGGGAGCGCUACCGCUGGACCACAGAGAGACAGAGACACCAGACACAGGUGCUGCUGUUCAGACAAGUCUCAGAGGAGCUCUCGGAGGCCGUCAGCAUCAUCCCGGUCACACAGGGUUUGCUGGUGUCGUCGUCAUCGCCGUCGUCAUCGCCAUGGGAACCAGACAGCAGCUCUGCCGCCGCCAGCCCGCCCGACGUGACCUCUGACCUCGACCCGAUGACUUUCGACCCCUGGCACGUCCACCUCGGCCUCCACCGGCGCUCCCAGCACAGCGCCACCUUGCAGCUUCCUCCCCUUGCGACGACAAACCCCGGCUUCCACAGCUCCUCCAGGCGGUCUUCUUCUGUCUCGGAGGCUUCCAGCUCCCGGCAGCCGCUCGGAGGCAGGAAACUGGUUGUUGCGGAUUCAGCGAGCGACUCCAGCUGCUCCCGAGAAAUCUCCCCCAGCAGCUCGUUCAGCAGCACCAAAGGAGACCACCUCAGCAGCUCCCUGGACAGCAACAAAGCAGAUCCAGCCGGCGGUUUCUCCCCCGGCGCGACCCGCGUCCCGAUCCUUCGUUCCCUCAGCGGCUCCAAAGGCGAUGGCGUCAGCGCGUCCUUGGAAAGUUCCGACACGGAUCCUGGCCGAACCCGUCUCUACGGUUCCCUCGACACGUCCGAGAAAAAUUCAAGCCCCGGCUCCAGAGAGGAUCACAUCGACUGUUCCUCUGGCGGCUCCAGGGGAUGUUCAGCGGACGAUUCGUUCAGCAGCUCCGUGGCGGGUUCCCUCACCAGCUCCGAUGAAAGCUCCACCCCGGUCGUGUCUGCCACGUGCUCCACCAACACCUCCACCACCAACCUGGACGAAGAAGAGGUGAAGAAGAACAAGCCGGCGGACGCGAGAAACGGCAGCGCCCCGGUGUUGCGGAGCUCCAGGAAGUCCUCGGCUCCGGCUCUCCGGCUGGCCAGGCAGCUGAGUUUCGGGGGGGUGCAGCCUCAGGGGUCGCUGGGCUCCUCUGGUGGCCCCAGCCAGCUCCAGCACUACUACCCCUUCCCCCACAGAAAGACCCCAAGGAAGUCCGAGGCUGCCCGGAGGCUGGGGAUGUACUCAUCUUUCUAACAGACGCAGCAGCAUUACAACACCAAGCAGUGUUUGCUUCACAAUAAAAGUCCAGGAACAGAUGUGUAGCUUCCCUGUCCAAAAGCAGAUGUUGAACAUGUGUGGCACCUGAAGGAGACGGCUACCUUCUCAGACUCUCCUCCAACUCAACGGUUUAUCUUGAUGGAUGGGAGGCAACUUGAGUCCCUGGUUGACUUUUGCAGACUGGGUCGUUUAUAUUUCACACAGAUUAAAUGAUGCACUUUUUUCUUUUGCACCUCCAGAAAUGACACAGCCUGUAGCAUUUUGGAAAUUAGCGCUUUAUUUUCUACUUUUCAGUUAUCUAUUUAGCACUAGAAUGCAUGGAUCACAGUUUAUGGCUGAGGUGAUAAUCGUAGCACUUAGUUUUUCUUAAUCUGUUUUGCAGAUGCCGUAGUUUUUGUAGAACUCCUCGGUGAUGUAACAAGGAGGUUACUGACUUUUCUUUGACUCCAUGUUGUGCCUUAAAGCUUUUGAAGCGUUUGAAAUUCACCUUCUUGUUGAUUAUCCUGCUUACACCGUCGUCAUUUACCCACAGUAUAAAGGAAAGAGGAGAAAACAAUAUUAAAAAAAACUCCACUGCUGUGUUUUCCAAUCGAUAA